CUCUCAUAACAAACAUGGCGGCCUCAGAGGAAGGAGACGGAGUCUAUUUCGUGGUGAACAACAUUCCUGUUACAUUUCGCUCCGCGGACCUGAGGAAUUAUUUCAGCCAGUUUAUAGAGAGCGGAGGAUUCCAGUGUUUCCAUUACAGACACAGACCGGAAGUGAGAAUAAACACAGCGGAAGCAGAAAAGACUCAGAGAGAGACUGAGGAGGAGGAGGAGGAAGGUGAGGAUGAGGAGGAGAAGAAGAAGAAGCAGGAGAGUGGGGGUAAAGCUGAGGGUGUGUGUUGCUGUGUGGUGUGUGUGAAGAGAGGAGACGCCGAGCGCUUUGUGAAGAUGUACAGCGGAAACCAGUGGAUCGACUCGCGGGGGAACUGGCUGGUGAAGCGGUGUCUGAUCCGCAGGAUUAAAGUGUCCGAUCACAGCGAUCCGGAUGCUUUCCCGUAUAAGACGAAGGCGGAACUGAGGCGUCCCGGGGCUCACAGCGACCGUUUCACUAAAGCCGAUCUCCACGCCCUGCCUGAGCUGACCCCGCCCGCUCUCAUGCCCGCCGGGAACGUGGGCACUCCGGUCGGCGUGUUCCUGCAGCUCAUCCAGUCCUGCCGCUUCCCCCCACGUCUCAUCCGCAAACUCGGCCUGACCUUCCCCAAGACCGGGUCGCACCGUCGCUACGGCAACGUCCCCUACCACUACAACACGCCCAUGGUGGCGGCGAGUGAGGAGAGCGUGUUCACCGCGGGAGGUGUGGAAAUCUAUGGGCCUGGGGGCGUCGCUCCGGGGAAGAGCACGGAGAAACCGAGAGGUGGGACGCGGGAGAGCGAGGAGCGGCCAAUCAGAGAGGAGAGCGAGGAGGAGGAGUCGGAGUCGGGACCAGAUGAUGAUGAUGACCGGUGUGAGGAGUGGGAGCGACACGAGGCUCUGCACGAUGACGUGACGUCUCAGGAGAGGAGUAAAGAACGUCUGUACGAGGAGGAGAUCGAGCUCAAGUGGGAGAAAGGAGGGUCUGGUCUCGUCUUCUACACCGACGCUCAGUACUGGCAGGAGGAGGAGGGGGAUUUCGACGAGCAGACGGCAGACGACUGGGACGUCGACAUGAGCGUCUACUACGAUAAAGACGGAGGAGACAUGGACUCCAGAGACUAUGUCAGUAUGCGCUACGAGAAGCGACUGAGGGACGGAGUGGAGCAGCCGGGGAGCAGCCAGCAGAAAAUCGGCAAGUUUGAGAAAUUCACAAAGGGCGUGGGCCGACGUGUGAUGGAGAAACAGGGCUGGAAAGACGGCGAGGGCCUCGGACACUCUCGCUCAGGGAUUCCCGAGGCUUUAGAGAAUGAAGGGCAGCAUCCCAACUGUAAGAGAGGCUUCGGCUACCACGGAGAAAAGCUAAGCUCUUUCCUACCACUUAAAAAACCCCGGCCCGAGUUCAUCAUAUCGACCAUCUACGACGAGCCGAGAGACAUCGACCGGGGGGACACGGUCCUGCGCCGCCAGCCGAGCACCAGCAUGAAGCACACACACCGCCGUCCGGAGGAGUCGCAGAGCUGACCUUUCAUUUCACUUUAGGAUUCAGUAUUUAUUACCGUUUUAUUUUUUUAGAUGAGAUGUCUCUAAUGAUAUUCCCUUGUUUUAAAGGGUGUUUAUACUUGGUGUAUCAUUUCGUAACUCGAUUUUAUUAAAGUAUAAAGAAACAAAA